CCGAUUCGCUCACAGCGCUCCCACACAGCACAGCACACACAGAAAACCACCACCACGCCUCGGUUUUACGGCUCUGGCCCCUCCCCCGCCCCGCGCGAGCGAAGAAGCUAUGAAGCUGGAGGUCAUGCCCAAGCAGAGGGUCCUGGAGGCGGAGCAGAGGGAGGAGGCCAUGGAGAUGAGCGGCCUGGAGCUGUGGAAGCACGAGAAGCCCCCGAGGAUCUGCCCCUUGCCGCCGCCACUCCCGGCGGCGGCUGCGUGCGACGAGUCGGCGCUCGUGCCGCCGCUCAACUUCGCCAUGGUCGACGAAGGCAUCUUCCGCUCCGGCUUCCCGGAGACCACCAACUUCCGGUUCCUCAAGUCCCUCAAUCUCCGCUCCAUCGUGUACCUGUGCCCGGAGCCUUACCCGGAGACGAACAUGGAGUUCCUCGAGAAGAACGGGAUCAGGCUCCACCAGUUCGGAAUCGAGGGGCGCAAGGAACCAUUCGUCACCAUCCCUGAUGAAAAAAUCCGGGAGGCGCUGAAAGUUGUCCUAGACCCAAGAAACCAACCCCUGCUUAUUCACUGCAAGAGAGGCAAGCACCGAACUGGCUGCUUGGUCGGGUGCUUGAGGAAGCUGCAGAAGUGGUGCUUGUCUUCAGUCUUCGACGAGUACCACCGCUUUGCCGCUGCGAAAGCGAGGAUCACUGACCAGAGAUUCAUGGAGCUGUUCGACGUCUCAAGCUUGAAUCACCUGACAGCCUCGCAUUGUUAACCAAGGCGCGCGAUCACCUCGGUCGCCCUUGAUCAUCUCCCCAGCCUAUGUUCCUGCAGCUACUGAACCGAUUCAGCAGUGAAUAAUUUUGGAACCCCGUAGAGUCGAUGAGGUAGUGAUGAGACCAUUGCAAAAGUGUUUUGUGCUCGAGGGGGUUUAGUUUUCCCCUGCUUAGCGCACUGCUGAGCCUAAGAACCAGACAGUAGUGGUAUAGCAUUGCGAGAGGUUCUCUCUUUUUUGGUAACUCUCGCGAUCGCGAGGAAUGUGCCACUGUUGCCGGGUACUUAAGCGUGUACUCGAGCAGCUCUGUUGAGCGGGAAUGAACUAUUCUCUGGAUGCAAAAGGCUUGGCUGGCUCUU